AUUUCUGAUCAGGACGAUCUAAUCUCUUGUGGAAAUAUUACUGAUUAGUUCCCACCAUCGGUGUUGGUAACUAAAGACUUCUUGGUGGGUCCACUGUUUUAGGGUUUGUUUGCACACUUUUCAUUUCCGAUCCAUAAUUGUCCCAAUUCUUUCCACUCGCGAAAUCCAGAGAUAUCGAUCAACAGAUUCGUGCGACACGUUAAAUUGUUUUCAAGGUUGCGCAUAUCCAGGAUGCAGGCAUCGCGGGCAAGGUUGUUCAAAGAGUACAAAGAGGUGCAGCGGGAAAAGGCCGUUGAUCCUGAUAUUCAACUAGUUUGUGAUGAUUCAAACAUUUUUAAAUGGACCGCUCUUAUCAAGGGACCCUCUGAGACUCCUUUUGAGGGUGGUGUGUUCCAGCUUGCCUUUUCUGUUCCGGAGCAGUAUCCUCUACAGCCACCUCAAGUCCGGUUUUUGACUAAAAUAUUUCACCCUAAUGUGCAUUUUAAGACUGGAGAGAUUUGCCUAGAUAUCUUGAAAAAUGCUUGGAGCCCGGCUUGGACGCUUCAAUCUGUCUGUAGGGCUAUAAUUGCCUUGAUGGCCCAUCCAGAACCUGACAGCCCACUGAAUUGUGAUUCAGGGACGAACAAGCAGUUUCUAGGCAUAGGGACUCAAAUAUAAAGAUUGUGCAGGAAAUCUUCUGCGUUCAGGCGAUGUUAGAGGGUAUCAAUCCAUGGCAAGAAUGUACACGAGACUUGCAGCAAUGCCAAAGAAAGGCUGAAUGAUUUUAGAUAACUUGCUUCCUAUGUUCGUUGUUCCAAUCUUAAUUGUUUGAAAUGUAUGCAUUUUAAGACAUGAUAUUGAUUGUUUGAUUAUAUGUAUUAAAGUAGUGACUUGUACAAUGUACAGAGUGUAGGUGUGACCUCGCAUAUCUGGAUUCAUGCGAGAAUUGAGGUCAACAUAUUCAAAUAAUCCUUAUUGCUUGAGUUUUAUGAAAGCCUAUGUUGCAUGGA